AUGCCUCUAACUAUCGUUGUAUCCUGCAGGAAUUUGAAUUCAGAGUUUGCCACACAGAUAGCCAAGGAGCAUGUGGAAAGGGAAUAUGCCGUCGUUGGCAGCUGGGAAGAUACGAAUAUUACGUUGGCCGUGCUUGAAGCAUAUAUACCACGAUUCUUUGCCAAGGCCACAGAACUCUACUACUCUAAGCAGGACAAGUUUAUGAAGAAUGCAACGCCGCAUGAUAAGCAUCUGGACGAGGAUGUGGAGACGUAUUUGAAGCAACAUUUUGCCUAUGAAAUUGAAUUGUACAACUUUUGUAAGCAGCGCCUCUAUAAGCAGUAUAUAGCCAUCAGAAAGACUGAAUUCGAACAAGAAUCUGUAGCCAAUAAUCAGACCUAAAUACAGAAUAUUAUUUUCAUGUACAUAUACAAAUUUGCAAGCAACGUGUGUGUGUGUCUUUCUUUUCUACUUUCGCUACUAAUCUCAAGUUGGGUUUAUGGUUAAGCAUCAAUCAGUGCAGUGCUAUCAACGGCUCCCCUUCCCCUCGCAUUCC